AGCUAGCUAGCUGCUCCUUUGACAAAAACAGUAGGUUGCUAGGCAACAGAAAAACAACCGGGCAAGGAUGGCGGACAGCACGCAAAGUGCAGAGGCCAUAGUGUCAGAUGUCCACAAGAAGAUCAGAGCUGCUUUUGAAGCGUUUGACUAUGAGUCUAACAACACAGUGGAUGUCAGGGAGAUCGGCACCAUCAUCUAUUCCCUGGGUUGCUUCCCCACUCAGGCAAACCUACAUGACUUAAUAGCUGAGGUUGAAGAGGACCACACAGGAUAUAUUCAUUUGGACAAGUUCCUCCCAGCCAUGACCAAAGUGCUGCUGGAUCACAAGUUCCCGUGUAUCCCUGAGGACCUUCUGCUUCAGGCCUUUGAGGUUUUGGACAAAGAAAAGAAAGGGUACUUGGAGCCUGAGGAGCUGACAAAGUACAUGACACAGGAAGGUGAGGUCUUCACUCAGGAGGAGAUGGAUGAGAUGCUGACAGCACUCGCUGACCCUGAGAAGAACCUCGUCUAUUACAAAGACUUAAUCAGCCAGCUGACCAUUGACCCUGACAUGUAAACACUGUCACAGUGUCACAGUGUGUGUGUUUGGUGUUUGGGUCCAUAUCUGCAUGUCUUAAUGUGGUAGUUCCAAUAUGGUAUAAUAAACAAAUGUACAUAUCUCCUCCUGACUUUGUGUUUCGAAAACUGUCUUUCAACUCAGAUGAAAUGUGAUUUGCUCAAAUUGGCAGAUUUGGGAUAUGUAUCCCAAUUUUGGCAUAACAUGUCUACUGUAUGUUUUAUGCUCCCAUCCAUUUACAUAUUGUACAACCUCACUUUCAUUAUGUCCAAGUCUUUCACAAUCACA